UCAAGACGAGGGAGGGAGGGAGGGAUAGAGGGAGAGCGAUGGAGAACGGAAACCAUGGAAUCCCUGAGAAUGCCAACGAUCAUUGCCCGGGGCCGCAGUCGGACUCGGCGGGGAAGGCGGAUGCUUGCGCGGGAUGCCCUAAUCAGCAAAUCUGCGCUACGGCUCCAAAAGGCCCUGACCCUGACUUGGUUGCCAUAAUGGAGAGAAUGGCCACUGUUAAACACAAAAUUCUGGUUUUAUCUGGUAAGGGGGUUGGAAAGAGCACGUUCUCAGCCCAGCUUGCUUUUGCAUUGGCUGAUAUGGACUACCAGGCUGGCCUCCUUGACAUAGAUAUAUGUGGGCCGAGCAUCCCUAAGAUGUUGGGCCUUGAAGGGCAGGACAUCCACCAAAGCAACCUUGGUUGGUCCCCUAUAUACCUCGAAUCAAACCUUGGGGUCAUGUCUAUUGGGUUCAUGCUCCCCCACCCUGACGAGGCUGUCAUAUGGAGAGGUCCGCGCAAGAAUGGACUCAUAAAGCAGUUCCUGAAGGAUGUGCAUUGGGGAGAGCUGGACUAUCUCGUGGUGGAUGCUCCACCUGGGACAUCAGAUGAGCAUAUUUCAAUCAUGCAGUUUCUACAAGCCACAGGCAUAGAUGGUGCAAUAAUUGUAACCACUCCACAACAAGUGUCUUUGAUUGAUGUGCGUAAAGAGAUUAGUUUCUGUAAUAAGGUUGGCAUCCAGGUCUUGGGUGUUGUGGAAAACAUGAGCGGCUUGAGGCAGUCAAUCUCGGACCUCAAGUUUGCAAAGUUCAGUGAAGCUGGAGAUGAGAGCGAUGCGACGGAGUGGGCACUGAAUUAUAUUAAAACAAAUGCUCCAGAGCUACUCUCUGUGGUUGCUUGCAGUGAGGUGUUUGAUAGUAGUAGAGGUGGGGCUGCAAAGAUGUGCAUGGAAUUGGGUGUCCCAUUUCUUGGAAAGGUGCCAUUGGAUCCACAGCUUUGCAGGGCAGCUGAGGACGGCCGGUCAUGUUUUGCUGACCAGAAAUGCAGUGCAAGUGCACCUGCUCUAAGAAGAAUCAUCGAGAAACUGGUCGCAGCUUAGCUAUAGUUGAUACGAAAUUUUAAUAUUACAUGCUAAUAUGCAGCUUGCAUAGUUUGUGUUUAUAAAAAUCAAACACUGCAAUUCACUUCACGCCAUACACAAAGGUUUUGUACUUCACUAGUUGCUAUGCUUUGAUCUUUGUAUGGAAUGGAAGAAAUAUCACCAGAUUCUUGUCCA